CAGGCCCUACACAAUCACCAACGCUUUAGUCCGACGUGGCGGGGAGACAAGGCUGAGUCGGACCGCUGUGUUGCAUCCACGUCCAUGGGAUGGUGGCCUCUGGAUUGAUCGCCGUUCUUCGUCACAAUCCUCGCAAAGCCAUUUCUCCUGGUUCAGAAGCUCUGCCCUCCAGAUCAUGGCCCCUGUUGGCUGCCGUUAGUCUCUCCUGCUCCUCCAUCACCUACCAAUUCUGGUUUCGCCUCAAGCUUGGUGUUGUUUUUCUCCGAGGGCGGUGGUUGCAAGGGUUGCGAAUGCAGUGAAUAGCACUCAGCUUGUUUUUUAGAGUGUAGAGUUUGCUGAGAUUACGAGCCCCGUCCUCGGCAAUAGGCGAAUUUUUGAAUUGGCUUGUUAGUAUUUGUUCAUGUUACUUGUUCAAUUCAUGAGCCGUGACUGAAUGGUUCGAGUGGAGUGGUCGAAUAGUCCAGCAGUGAGCAUCUCUCAGUAGUUUGGAAAGUAAUCGAGUGAGUUUUUGCAGGGGAGUUGGACAAUAAGUUGAAUAGCUGUAGCGCGAAUUGAUGCAGUAGCGCUACUUCAUUGGGAUUGUGAGGUGAAGAACUCCGUGCAAGUCGGUUUAGUUCAAGAAUUUUUUUGAUAGUGUUGCUGUUUUAGAGGAUAUGGCGGUCUUUAGUGUGGCCUCCUUUAGUUGCGUCCCCUCAACCUCAUUGUCUAGGGCUCUCCAGCCGCCGAAAGCAUCCGAGCUACGUACUCUGUCAUUAGAUGCGAAUGUUUACGCCCAGGCUUUCAGGGUUCAACGACGACAGACCUCUGCAGUCGUGACAGCCACUGCUGGGCAACCUCACCAGCAGGCCAUUGAUUCCGAACAUUCGCAGAAUAGAGCUAGAGUUUCCGGCAAGGCAAAAGCUCUGGCUGAGCCCUCAGUUCUAGCUGACCUAGCUGAUGAACCCGUCACCCUUCAGGAAUCCAGUUUGUCUGACGAAGAGACAGCUGAAAUCCAGAGCAUUUCAGGAGAACUUGAAUUGCAGAAUGAUACACCUAGAUUGGAAGGAAUUGAGCUUGGAGACGAGGAUAGCGUGAGAGCAGAUGUGAAUGAUGAAGAUUCAUGUGAAGGGGCAGAUAAUAAUGACGGUGGUAUUUCCCCAGCAGCGUUGGCAAAGGAGGUAGCUCGGCGACGCAAUUUUGCAAUUAUUUCCCAUCCAGAUGCUGGGAAAACUACCCUAACUGAGAAGUUGCUUCUGUACGGAGGUGCCAUUCACGAGGCUGGUGCUGUCAAAGCACGCAGAUCUGCUCGUCACGCAACGUCAGAUUGGAUGGAACUUGAGAAGCAGAGGGGUAUCUCCAUCACAUCGACUGCACUAGUCUUCGAAAAUAGAGGUUUCCAAAUAACUCUGCUGGACACCCCAGGACAUCAAGAUUUUGGUGAAGAUACAUAUCGAACUUUGGCGGCUGCCGACAAUGCUGUCAUGCUGGUGGAUGCAGGAAAGGGUUUGGAACCACAAACUAGAAAGCUUUUUGAGGUUUGCAGAAUGCGAAAGUUGCCAAUAUUUACUUUCAUUAAUAAGAUGGAUCGUCCUGCACUUGAACCAUUAGAGCUCAUGGACCAGAUCGAGAAAGAGUUCAAUUUGCCUACUUAUCCAGUAAAUUGGCCAAUUGGAUCAGGUGACAGGUUCGUUGGGGUUUAUUAUCGACCUCGUAACGAAGUUCAUCUUUUCGAAAAAGGCAUAAAGCAUGGUAGUCGUGGUGCUUCUGUGCGAGUACUACCGUGGGGAGAUCCAGCUCUUCAAGAAAUUAUUGCUACUGAUCUUUUUGAGCAGUUACAGGAAGAGAUUGAGCUUCUUGAAGAACUGACACCACCUCUAGAUAUGGCCAAGAUCCACUCUGGAGAUAUCUCUCCUGUCUAUUUUGGCAGUGCGAUGAAUAAUUUUGGGGUGGAGCUUUUUCUUGAAAGCUUUUUGGAGUACUCGAUUCAGCCCGGAAGUCACGUCAGUGAUAUUGGAGAAGUUGGACCUGAUUAUCCAAACUUUACUGGAUUUGUUUUCAAACUCCAAGCAAACAUGGAUGCCAAGCAUCGUGACAAGGUUGCCUUCUUGCGUGUGUGUUCAGGUCAAUUCUUGAAGGGCAUGAAAGUACAAAUAGCUAGAAAUGGGAAGACACUCGCUUUAACGAGACCACAGAAGAUGUUCGCACAAGACCGGACUACUAUGGAGGCAGCGUAUGCUGGAGAUGUUGUUGGUCUCAACAACCCAAACGCUUUCUGCAUAGGGGACACCAUAUACACUGGGCCAAAACGUAUGUUUCCAGGAAUCCCUUCCUUCUCUCCAGAGCUAUUCUGCUACAUGCGCAAUCCCAAUCCAUCCAAGUACAAACAAUUCGUGAAGGGUCUUAAUGAACUUCUGGGUGAAGGCGCUGUGCAGGUGCUGUAUUCAGUCGACUCUGGGCGGACAGAUCCUAUACUUGCAGCCGUGGGGCAGUUGCAGUUUGAGGUUGUGCAAUACAGAAUGCUAUCCGAAUAUGGAGUUGAGACGCAGCUUGAACCAUUGAGCUUCAGUGUGGCUAGGUGGGUGACGGGUGGGUGGCCUGCUCUCGAAAAAGUUGGUCGCAUCUUUAAUUGCUCAACAGUAAAAGAUCAGUGGGGACGACCAGUUUUGCUCUUCCGGAACGAGUGGAAUGUAUCGCAGCUGCUGGGUGAUCAUCCAGAAAUUGGAGAAUUGGCUCCAUAUGCUCUGCCUCCGCAGGAGAUAGUUUCCAAGCGAUAAGUUGAGCGUACAAUUCCUCCGCAUGUCGGUGAAGCAAUAGUUGCGCAAGUCUAUUUUGCAAUCCAAUCGUACUCCGAGAUUGAGAUCGAAACAAGUUCCACAAACGGAAGAGCUGAAAUUUCUCAUUUCACUUGUUUUGCAUAGCAAUCUAAAACUUCUAGCAAUGGAGUCUGUCUCAAAGAAGAGACGACGCAGGAGCUACAAGGCAGUGACAGACAAAUUGUGUAUCAUGGAAUAGCAGAUGGUGAUAACGGGCGGAAGUGUAGGCUUUAUGCGUGAAGUGCUGAGCUACUUCUUGCAUGUUGUAGAGUAAAGUUGUCUCAAGGUAGGGCAACAAUGACUGGGUUGUUUAUUUUUCUUCAGAGAAUUCACUAUAGCAUUUAUUAGCAGAGGAAUACAUGGCAUGGGCUUGUCCUCUGUUGCACGCUUGUGUUGCAAGCCUUUAAUAUUAAUUCUUGGAAUCUCGUUGGAUUUGAAGUGCA